CAAGAUGGUCGCUCUGCUUUUUUUGCCAGCUUCCUCACGCUAUUCCUGGGCUUGAGGGACGCGAAGGAAGUGGAACGGAGGAGGUUGGGAGAGCCUAGGAGCCGUCCUCGCCCCUCCGACCCCAAACAGCCGAGGAAAGCCAGAAACGGAGCCUCCAGGGAGGCGGGGAAGCUGUGAAUGCCAUUACAAGAUUGUUACAAUUUACCAACACAUCCUGUCUUCACAAUAUAGAAAUGGGUGGAAUCCUUUCUCGGUGGCGGCAGGCAAAGCCUUCCACAAUAGAAGUCUUGGAAAAAAUUGAUAAGGAUAUUCAGGCACUUGAAGAGUUUAGAGAGAAAAAUCAGAGGCAGCAGAAACUAUGGGUUGGACGGCUUCUUCUCUAUUCAUCCAUUCUUUAUCUUAUUACCUGUCUAAUUAUCUAUUUUUGGUAUCUUCCUGAUGACUGGACAUCGAGGUUCAUCAUGACGCUUCCACUUUUUGCAUUUCCACUUAUAGUCUGGUCUACAAGAACUCUCCUCAUUUUCUUCUUUUCUAAAAGAACAGAAAGAAACAAUGAAGCUUUAGAAGAUCUGAAGUCCCAAAAGAAAAAAAUACUUGAAGAAGUAAUGGAAAAAGAAACUUACAAGGCUGCUAAAUUAAUCCUUGAAAGGUUUGAUCCAGAAGCCAAGAAGGCAAAGGAUGUUGAACCACCAUCUGCUGGAGCAUCUGCAGUUCCAAGACCUGGCCAAGAACUUCGGCAUCGGACCCCAGUGCGAGGGAAUGUGCCCUCCCCUCUCCCAGCUGCACCAAAACAGGGUUCUCCAAAAAUGAUGGGUCCAGUGCCGUCGCCUUCUGACUUGCCGAGAGAAACUUCGGCUCCUGGCGGACCUCCGGAGAGAACUCUUGCAUCAGCUUCACCACCAAACGUGUUACCAAGACAUCCUGGGACCCGUGCUACUUCAAUGCCUGGAAUGGGUCUUCAUCCUCCGGGCCCUCCGUUGGCAAGGCCUAUUCUUCCUCGAGAGAGAGGAGCAUUGGAUAGAAUCGUUGAAUAUCUAGUUGGAGAUGGUCCACAAAACAGGUAUGCGCUUAUAUGCCAACAAUGUUUCUCACAUAAUGGAAUGGCUUUGAAAGAGGAGUUUGAAUAUAUUGCGUUCAGAUGUGCCUACUGCUUUUUCCUGAAUCCUGCGAGGAAAACGAGGCCGCAAGCUCCGCGACUCAUCGACUUCAGUCCUGAAAGAAAGCCGCCUACCGAGUUGCAGAAAACUACCGAGUCAUUGGAGUCUGGGGAGGAAAAGCUUCAAGAGAGCCAAAUGGUUGAAGAACCUUUAGAAGAUGCUCCCCCAGUUUCUGAGACCGACCAGGGAAAUGACAAAGCAUUGAGUACUGAAGAGCACAUUGACGAGGUGGAGGAGGGGGGAGCUGAGCAGAAGCAGUCGGCAAGCGAAGCAAAAUCUGUGGUUACACACACCGAGUCUGUUGUUCCAGCUGACCAAAGAGAAGAACUUCUGGCAGAUGCCGAAUAAGUGCCUAAUCAUUUUCGCUCUAUUUCUUUCAGUUGUUACUUUUCAGGGGGGUUGCUUGAUUGUGUUUUCACUCUCACCAGCGCAGAGUGCCACUCCCACAAUAUGCUAAAGCGAUGUCUACUACGAGGUAUUGUGCUGCAAGGGUGUGUGAAUGUGUGCGUUUGGUAAGCAAAAGCUCUUCAGAAUGCCCGUGUCAGCUGAAGUCUCUAACCUAGGUACAGAUAGCCUUACGUUUUGUUUUGCGUACUAAGAAAAAUAUACACUUGCUUAAAGGAGUAUUUUCUGUCUGAGUGAUCUAAAAUAUAGUAUUAUUUGGUCAUUGAACAAAGACUGUAAAUGACUUAACAUUGCAAUCCUAUGCAGAAUUGCUCCAGUCUAAGCAAGCUGAAAUUAGUGGGUUUAGACUGGAGUCGUUUGGCAUAGGAUUGCACGAUAUAAAAAGAUGUGUAAUACUAGAACAUUUUGUAAUGUUUAGCUAUUGAAAUGAACUCAAAAUUUUAAAUACUUGGAUGUUUACAGGAGAAAUGGUGCUUAGGUAUUUACCAUAAGCAAUACAAAGGUGUCGUUACAGUUGUCACUCCUAAUGCUUUGGGAAGAAUGCAGUUAAAGGAGCAAACCAAGGUACAGACCCUGGUCUAUAUACGUUGCAGAAUGGGUAAAGGCAUGUGAAAUAGAAGACUAGUUUGUGUUUACAUGAGACGUAGGAAUCUCUGCACUUGAUUGUACUUGAAUACUGAGCAUUAUUUAUACCUGUACAAUAAUGACAACAUAAGUGAAUUUUGUGUAUUUUGUUAAAGAAAAAUAAAGACUAUGUAGCAUUAAA